UUAUUGUAUUUACUGUAAAAUACGGUCAUACCGUACGUUCACUGAAAUUUAUUUGAAAAGAGUUCUUCAACGACAUUGAGCAGUAUGUUACAAAGUUGUCGCAUAUUUAGGUGUUUUAGCAAAACAAAUGUUAGUGUUAUAUCAUCACUAACCCGGCAUCAGCCUAUCGUUUAUCAAAGGAGCAUCCGUACCCCGAUUUUCGGAAGCCUUGUACAGAAUUGUUCCACAAAAUCAGCGUUGAUAAACACGGACAAUAAAAAAAGCACCGAUAAUGACGCUAACGAUACGAAUUGGAACACAAUUUACCAUUUGCCGUCAAUUUUACUCACAGCUUCGCUGAAACGUUUGAAAUUCUAUCCCGUGAUAUGUACGGGGAUAACUGUACCGGUAGCUAUGGGACUUGCUUACUUGAACAUUUGGUCGAUGGCGACAGCAGAAAUUUGUGGCGCAAUUGGUUUAACCACGGCUAUGACGCUGUCGAUUUUUGGAUUGUUUACUAAUAAUCUUAUAGGAUUCGUGUACUGCGAUGAUCAGCUAACCAAGGUUAAAAUAUCUUUCUUAGAUGCUAAAGGCAAACGACAAGAUCGCAUCUACUCCGUAGAUGAUCUGGUAUCCAGAACGGAGCUCCCUCAGUCCUUCUUGAAGAUUUACUUUCCAGUAAAAAAUCACGAAAAUGGCGAUGUUUACAAACUCGUGCAUCGAUAUGGUGAAAUUUACGAUGUGCAUGCAUUUAACAAAGUAUUUGGGCACGACGUUGUAACUAGAAGUUAG